AUGGCGGACAAAUAUUACGACUAUAUCAUCUGCGGGGGUGGCACGUCAGGCUGUGUACUGGCCGGGAGACUGGCUGAAAACAUCGAUGCCCGCAUUCUCUUGAUCGAGGCUGGGCCAGAUAGUGCGGACUUGGAGAAUGUGCACAUGGUUGGCGGGUGGUCCAACAACUUCGACUCAGAGACAGAUUGGAACAUCGUGACCGAGCCACAGUCAAGCGCAGAUGGUCGCCAGAUCAAAUGUAGUCGUGGGAGACUUCUUGGUGGGAGCAGUGGUGUCAAUGGAACAUUGUGCAUCCGCGGCGUCAAGCAGGACUUUGAUGAUUGGAAACUGGAUGGUUGGACUGGAGAGGAUAUGUGGAGAUGUAUGAACAAGUCCGAAACCUUUCACAACAAACCGUGGUUUAAUCCAAGUUUCAAGGAUCAUGGCUACGAUGGACCACUUCACUUGGAGCCUCAUGAUCUGGCGCCAAUCUCAGAGUUGGUCAAACAAUCCAUGAUUGAGAAAAGCUUGCCUCUGCACGAAGACAUGUUCGCCACAGGCGAGACCUCCACGGGCUGCGGUCAUGCUCUUCGAACGGUCUAUGAAGGCAUUCGGACAACUGCAGCAGAUUUCGUAAGUAAGGGAUAUCGUCGCGACAAUGUCACUAUCCAAACAGAUGCUACCGUCGACAAGGUCAUCAUCUCCGAAGGUUCCAAUGGGCUUCGUGCCACCGGAGUUGAGAUGAUUACGAAAAGCGGUGAGAAGAUCACAGCCCAUGCGCGAAAAGAGGUCAUUGUCAGCGCUGGUGCCUACGGCAGUCCCGCGAUCCUCCUCAGAUCUGGCCUUGGUCCAAAGGAAGAGCUUGAGAAAGUCGGCAUCACCCCCAAAGUGAAUCUGCCAGGCGUUGGGAAGAACUUGCUCGAUCAUCCAGUGUGUUGGUUCUUCUACGAGGUGGACAGACCAGGUCUCACUCUUGACCAUCUCGUCCACCACGACCAGGGGUUUGCAUCCUCAUACAAACUAUACAAAGAAAAGAAGACCGGGGUUUUCUCGACGUUUCCAUUCGGGAUCUUUGCAUACACCCGUCUGGACAAGCAACUCAACGGUGAUCCGCUAUGGGAAAAGGCGCCUCGCUGGGAAGGUCGGGAUGCAAUGGGACUGACACCAUCCCAACCCAAUGUUGAGUUCUUCAACACUGAGAUGUAUGGGGGUCCCAAACAGUGGGUAGAUUUCCCGACCGACCACCGGUACGUGGUGGGCAUGUGUACCGUUCUUUUCAGCGCUCGCUCAAGAGGGUCGGUAACACUUCGGUCAUCAAACCCCUUGGAGAAUCCCAUCGUGGAUCACCAAUACCUGGCCGACCCGCUUGACCUCUUGGUCCUUACGCAGGGGUGCCAAACCAUCAACAACAUCAUGACUACAGGAAGUGCGACCAAAGAUCUGAUCAAGGGAAGUUGGCCUCCUCGGCGAAGUCAUCAUCAAUAUACCUCCCGGAAAGAAUGGGAGCCUUAUGUCAAGGAAACCGUAACAACGUGCUAUCACCCUGGUGGUACGUGUAAGAUGGGUCAAAUUACAGAUCCUAUGGCUGUGCUCGAUGAACAACUUCGUGUCCGUGGAGUCAAAGGAUUGCGAGUCGUCGAUGUCAGCGUCAUGCCAGAACUUAACAAUGGCCAUACCCAAUCUCCUGCUUAUGGUAUUGGGGAGAGAGCUGCCGAGAUCAUCAAGGAAGACUCGAAGAAGGCUUCCAAGUUGUAG